AAAAUGACAGUUAUUUUAUCAAAAGUGAAAACAUCGAACCAUUAGUGUUUAAUUUACGAGAGUAAAUUGAUAUUUAAUUAUUAAUUACGUUGCUUUUUGAUUAUUAUAUUAAUUAACUUUAGUAUAAUCAUGAACGAAGUCGCCUUUGAAAAGAAAGAAGACGACGGUGAAGAUGACGAGAAUAUUGAUUCCAAUAUAGAAUGGAGUAAUCUCAUAUUCCUACCAUUUCAUUCAGGAUUUAAAUUGAUGGUUCUUUUUAGCGUUCUUAUUAAAAGUGUUUUGGGACCGAUCCAGUCUGUUUAUCCGAUUGUUUACUGUUUGGACGUAAUGGACCAAAACAUGUGUCUGUCGUUCGUGAAGUAUUUCUAUUGGUAUUGUUGCGAUACCAUUUACGGAGUCGAUACUUUCCUUCAUAUUGUACACAGGCAAGUAACUGAGAAAGCUAUGCGCCGGGAAUACUUGCCCAAGUCGGCAUUUUACUUGCUACUCGACAUAGUGUCUUUGAUACCAUUCUAUCGUUUGGUAGAAGAAAAUAUAUGUCCCCCAACUGCCAUAUGGCCAAAUAUUUUAGCUUUUACCGAAUUUGUUGUAAUAUACCGUGUUGUCGAUCAUUUCUCUUUAGAAUCAACGCAUUCAUUUUGGCACAUAGUUAUUGGAUUUACAUUAUUACUGGCGAGCUGUCUGAACUGUAUUACUUGCUUCUGGUUGCUGUUAACUAAAUACGGUCUUUGUAAAAGCUGUUCUGGUUCUAAUAUAUAUUAUGACUGGCGUCAUUAUAUAUUUCAUAAGCUGAACGAGACAGAUGAAAACUACACGAACUACGUCUACAGUUCUGCUUAUGUGUUGUCCUUUGCAAUAAACCGUUCUUUUGAUGAAACGAAGCCAUCAACAAUUUGGGAAUUCUAUAUGAUAUGUUUCCUUAUGAUAUGUGGUUAUGUGUUUACUUUAUUUGUAGUACUGCCAAAGUUGUUUGCUGAAGCUAUAUUAACGCUUUGUAGAAUUUUUACCAACUAUCCACAUGUUCAGAGAAUUGUACAAGAUACUCGAAGACGCAAUUCUUCAGUUACAGCUAACGUAAGAGUUGAAAAUUUUUAUAAACUUAUUUGGAAGAAGCGCAGUGGCGUAAUUUAUUUACCAGAAGUAAUGGCAGAGCUACCGAGAUACUUGAGAUUAGACAUAUGUCAGGAUCUAGUGUGGCCGGUUUUCUAUCAUAGUCCUACUCUGCGAAAAACAACAAUUCCUUUUAAGAGAUGGAUAUGUGAUUUUAUGAAGUUAGAUUACAAGCUUCCUGGAGAGAAUUUCUUUACGGGUCCUCAUUGUUAUACAAACAUAUACUACAUAAAAUCUGGAAUAGUUCAGUUGAUGUCAGAAGACGAUGGCGUUACACCAGUCCUAUCAGUUACAGGCGGAACAGUAUUUGGGGACAUAAAUUUUUUCAUCAGCCCUACAGAUAGGAAAGUCGUUGUUCGUUGCUUAACAUACUGCGAAGUUUUCUCAGUGUCUCGGUAUCACAUGAUACGAGGCAUGCAUAAAUUUCCUGGUGAUCGACGAAUAAUUUUGGAAUCGGCACAAAAUAGAAUAGAACAUGCCAAAGCUUUGUAUCGUUGUAAGCAAGAUGUAAAAGGUUUAAAUAGAGCUGAGGUUGAGGGUAUUUCAUGGAUUAAAAAACGUUGGUGGCAAAUAUCAGAAGUAAUUAGUAACUGGAAGAAAACUUUUAGAAAAGAGCGAUAUAAGUAUGAAAUCCCUCCAGAGGAAACAAAUUAUCACUGUGCAAAAUACAUUGGUCAAUUAGUUCUUUGCAGAGAUGCCCAGUUGCAAACAAAAUCUAUUUUUGCCAAUGUUAAUUUUCCUUGGAUAUUUGCGCCGAAUUCUAGUUUUGUUACAAUAUGGCGCAAAAUAGUAAUAUUGACUGUUUCAUUAGUUUUAAUGUUAUACCCGCCACAUAUAACAAGUCUCAGUAUCCCAAUGCCGUUUCGAUUUUUCCAAUUUUGGACAGAUUUAGUUUACACGGGAGAUAUUUGUGUCUCUUUAUUGACGUCUUUACAGAAUCAGGAUAACAUUAGGGAGUCUUUUGCUUCAGUUGUAUUUGCUCGAUGUAAAACUUUGUACUUCUUCUUGGAUGUUUUGUCUACUAUAUGGAUAGAGAACCUAGUUCUGUUAUUUGGUAUGCCCGAUUUAUAUUACUUGGUUCAAUUUAAUAGACUUAUAAAAAUCUAUAUUCUGUUCACUGGAGAACUUGUUCGUUGGGACAUUCGAAAUAAUCCAAUGCAUAUAGUAGGCUACAAAAUUAUAAUCAUAAAUUUUAGUGCUGUUUACAUAAUGAGUUACGUUUUUUAUAUGCUCUCUACUCGAAUACCCGGAAUAACGUUUUCCCAUUUCUUUGGUAAGAAGCAUUGCGGCUUAGAUAUACCGAAAUCGCAAUGUGCAGAACGAAUUGAAGAAAAAAUUGACAUUGCCAUAGCAUGGACAUUCGAACGUAUGUUUUUGGAGUAUUUUCCGCGUAAAUUGAUUGAUAUCUAUCUAAGUAUGAUUAGUCUGUACACUAGCUUCAUGGUUUAUAUGUUUUGCAAGACUUUGUUAAUUGCGGCAAUUUACCUCCAGUUUAGAGGUAUAGUUAAUUACAAAUACUUUGUUACGAACUUGAAAAAAUAUUACAAGUAUUACAAUAUUCAUCCUGAUUUACUAAGACGUCUGAAUAGAUAUUUGAAUUGCCACUGGAAAUACUAUCAUGGAGCAGACGUGAUGAAUCCAGAUUUUUUGAAAAAUGAACCAUUUGACAUAUUUUGGAAAGUACAAGGUGAAGUUGCAGAGAAGAUACUUAGUCAAUCUAAAGCAUUUGCUGGAGCACACCCAGGUCUCAUUCGCGAGUUGGCGUAUUAUGCCAAGUUUUUGAUUUUGCCCAAAAAUUCAGCUAUAGUUUUAUUUGGUGUACAGAUUAAAAACGCUUCUUGGAUUGUAAAAGGUCAUAUAAAAUGUGAAUUUCAUAGCGAAAACGGAGAAUUAUUGAAGACUUAUCACAAGCCCGGACAAUUGUUAUCAAUGAGCUCUGUUUUUCUCAAGAACGUUUCACUAAGGACUUAUAUAGCUUGCACAGACUGCGAGAUCUUAUAUAUAAAGUUGCAAGAUUUCCAUAAAAUUUUGAAGCGUUACCCCACCGAAUGGACCUACUUUAAGAAUUGCAUCGACGAAUUUAGUCCCGGUUUUGAUAAAAUAUAUCAAAGUUACCUGAAAAAACAUAGAGACUAUCAAAAGAAAUUAAGGGAGCGCAUAUUCCACUCAAGGAUGUCUCUGAUUGCACCUAUUACAAAAGAGCCCAUGAGUUCUCCUGUUACACCUACUAUUUACAAUGUCGAUGCUUGGCCUGCUCCAGAUUUUCAAUUUCUGGAGUUUUGGAUGCUGUUUAGGGCAACGAUUGUAUUUGUUUCUAUUGCGGCUGCAGCUUUGCAAGGAGGGAGUGGGGUUUUAUACAGAUGGCCUUUAAUUCUGACCUGUGCUUUCUGUGACUGUAUCGCGUGGACAGAUAUAAUUAUAAAAUUAUCUCUACCCUAUUACGACGAGAAAGGUAUAUUAAUAUAUGACAAACUUAAAUGUGUUAAACAUUAUUUGAGCAGAGGAUUUUUACUGGAUAUCAUCGGAGUGUUGCCUUGGUUUCAAAUAGCCGGGUCCCUUUUGGAAAAUGAAACGGAUGAAAACGACGCCAUGCUGAUCAAUACAAUGUGUAGAUUCGCUCAUUUGUACAUUUUAUUUGGAUAUUUCGAUUACCUUGGGGAUAAACCUAAUAUCAACUCUGCUUUUAUUACGAUUGUGAAGUGGCAAGUAAUAUUAGUGCUUGUUAUGCUUGGAGGUAGUCAUUUUUUGAUGAGUUAUUGCGUCGCAUUCACGUUUGAUGCCAAUUCACGAUUCGAACUUUUGGACAUUAAGCGUAGGGGCACGUGCUGGAUGCCGGCAUUUUUUAAAUUAAGCCGAAACAUCACCGUUGAACAGUUGCAUCUUGUUUAUAUUGAAAGUUUAAGUCUAGUGCAAUGUGGAUUUACACGGAUGAAUUUUGGAAGAUUCAUAAUUAAUAGAGUUUAUAUUGGCGUGGGAACAUCACUGCUAUUCCUAGCACUGCUCCAUUGGUACGUGAUGUGUUAUAGUUUAGCACUUUUAAUUUCAAACUCCAGAGGACAUACGAUGUUUCAAAAUGGAGUGAGACAAUUGGAAAGGUUUUUAGAAGCCGAAAGGGUUGAUAAGAAUUUGAUUUACAAAACAGUACGCCAUUUUAGAUAUUGGUGGAUAAGAACCAAGGGCAUUAAUAUUCAUUAUCUGACCAAUGAACGCAUCGGUGUUGUUUUUAGACAAGACUUAAGCUAUUACUUCUUGAAAAGAACUCUUGUAGCUCUAAAUUCGAUUCUACAAGGUGGCGAAUCUCUUGAACGUCAAUUAGCUAGCGCGAGUACACAAAUAUAUUUUCUGCCCAAUGAAAUGAUUGUAAGAGAAAUGGAUCUAAAUUCCUCGAUAUACGUGGUGCACAGAGGGAAAGUUGUGAUUAGCCAGGGAGGUAAAAAGAUAACGACAUUAACUAAAGGAUGUAUCUUCGGGCAGCUCACUGACGAUGUUUCCCGUCCGAUAAAAAUUUCAGCAUCGGCUGAAAGUCACGCUGACUUGCUUCAAAUAUCAAACAAACAAUUCCAGGAUUUUAUUACUGAUGAGGUGCGGGAUACGAUUUCAAAUAAUCCACAGUCAAAAGAUGAUUUCAUAGCAACCAGUAAAAAUGUUACAGACAACCCUUACGAUACAGUUCAAUACAUCCUUCGAGGUCGAAAAAGUAUUAAAUUGCCUUGGAUGGCGAAACCAAUGGAAGCUCAUCACAGUAGUUGGUACGUCAAAUGGUUGUAUUUGGCCUGGGUAGUGGCACCGACAACAUCAGUGGCAAUGGUACUGAUACUCGAUACAUUGCCUCAGAAUUUUAUUGGGAAGCAUAUAUGGGGACUGAUUCUGUCGGAUUUAGUUUAUUUUGCCAAUUUCAUUGCAGAAUUUUACACUAUGGAACUACAAGUAGUCCAGAAUAAAUGUGUAAAACGCAAGAUUGGUUUUGGAGUUUUCAGAACAUGGGGAUUUUACAUUGACGCUACAACUUUAGUGUUGCCUUUGUUGACUUUAGUGUCCAACAAUUGGAACUAUCAGUUGAUCAGGUUUCUAAGGCUAAGACAGUUUUACUAUUUUCACAACAGUUUUUGCAGGAGUUUCAAGAGUAAAGCGGCACCCAUGAUAUUAAAAACGACAAUCGUGCUGUUGUUGUUCCACGCUAUGACUUGUGGAUGGAUUCACGUUGCUUGCAGAGGUGAAUUUCCAUUACCAAUUGAAUUGGUACCCGAAAUUAAUGUAACCAUAGAUUACGACGAGUGGACAAUACCGGGUAUUCGAUAUGGAGGCUGUGCAAGAGUCACUAAAAACUACAAGCCUGAACGCUUUAAGAUGCCUAGUUUUGUUGUGCCAAAGGAUUGGCAUAACGACUACAUUAUAGCCUUGACAUUUAUUCUUCUUAUUCAUACACGUACUACUUAUGAUGCUGUGAUUGCUUUAUCUCCAUCUCAAGUGCUUUAUAAAGUUAUUAUAAACUAUUUCAUCUUCAUAAUCGACAUGUGGUUGAUCAGUGUUGCCAUGGGCGCGACCUACACGAAAUUUCGUGAGCUAUACCAGUACGACUAUAAUGUCGGCAAUUUGAUCACGUGUCUGCAACAUAGAGGUCUGUCGCCCACAUUAUUGGAAUCUGUUAAAGAGUACACAAAACAACUAUGGAGGAGACAAAGAGGUAAUUGGCUUCCUGAAUUAGCAGGACAGGCACCAGUUUGUCUUCGCGAAGAUCUUAUGGAGGCGCUAUAUAUGCAUCAUCUAACUGCUCCUCCGUUAUUUCAAAAACUUCCACAAUACUUCAGACGUCAAUUGGUCUCUAGAUUACAAAGGAUCGUCAUUUUUCCGGGCAAAUGCAUAGUUCAAGAGGGAGAUAUACAUUCGUGUAUUUAUUUUAUACACGAAGGCGAAGUGGAGAAACGAUAUGUCGAUAAAAAGGGAGAAAGCAAGAUGCUCUCCUUGUUGAGCGCAAAUGGUUAUUUUGGAUUGAUACCGGGAAUGUUUCCAAACGUAUCCUUUAGUUUCUCGUAUUAUUCGCGCACGGUUGUCGAUUUGGUUUUUUUAAAAUUCAACGACUGGCAAGAUCUAUUAGAGGGAUAUCCAGAUAUAAAACAUGAGCUAUAUACAGCCGCAACCCAAUUGAAGAGCGAAGUGAAGUAAUUGUUGAGGGAACUUAUAGUCAAAUAAAUACUAGUGUAUAAUUUGUAUUAAUUAGUUUUAAACGUGUUGUUAAAACGGUUUAAUUAGUCGCAUAUUAAAUAUAAAAACAAAACUGAAAUAA